AUGUCAGAAGGGGAGAGCAAGGACAGUUCGGGCAGCGAGUGCCCUGUGUGCUACGAGAAGUUCCGGGAUCUGGAGGGCGCCAGCCGGACCCUGAGCUGCGGCCAUGUGUUCUGCCACGACUGCUUGGUCAAGUACCUGCUCUCCACCCGGGUGGAUGGACAGGUGCAGAGGACUAUUGUCUGCCCCAUCUGCCGCUACGUCACCUUCCUCAGCAAAAAGAGCUCCCGCUGGCCCUCCAUGCUGGACAAGAGCUCACAGACCCUGACCGUGCCCGUGGGCCUGCCCUCUAUGCCCUCACCGGACCGUGGGGGCCACACAAACCCCCUGGCUGUCUCCCAGCAGGUCUGGAGACAAUCGCCAAGCCAGGGGGCUCAGCUCCCCCUGGACCUGCUGCCCACCCUGCCCCGAGAGUCACAGAUCUUCAUCAUCAGCCGCCAUGGGAUGCCACUGGGGGAACAGGACAGUGUGCUGCCCCGACGCAGCCUGGCGGAGAUCUCCGAGGCGUCCCCAGCUCCCAGCGCCACCCGCUCCUUCUGCUGCAGGUCUCGGGCCCUUCUGCUCAUCACCCUCAUCGCCGUGGUGGCCGUGGUAGCUGCCAUCCUGCCCUGGGUGCUGCUGGUGAGGAAGCAGGCUUGAGUGGCGGCAUGCAGAGGACAGAGGAGCGAGGCCCGGCCUCGAAGCUGUGCUCCGUGCUGCGCAGGCCAUGGCUUGGGAGAGGGUGGAGGGUCCCAGUGCAGCCCUGGUACAAGCAAGCUCCCAAGGGAGGUGCUAGGCUCAGAGUGGGUGGGGCUAAAUUGGAAGUUUAAGGGCUUUGUCUCCAGCCUUUCCAUCCCUUGUCAGCGAGGGCUUUGGGAUGCGGAGGGGCAGAGAUCCUCCUAGGCUAGCGCUGAACCGAGCAGCUGACUCCCCAGGUGUGGCCUCAUGAGACUCCCCAAUAAGCACCUCUUCUCUAGGCUGGAACUAAGCAAGCUAGAAGGUGGGUGGCCACUGCCCUCCUCUAGGGUUACAGACUUUACCUGCCA